AUGUCAUUGGUAAUGUUUCUACUUAUUGUGAUACAAAUUUGUCAAACAUUAACUGAAUCAAAUUAUACAGAAUAUCGAUAUUUAUUCUGUGAAAAGCCGACUCGUCAUUCAACUGGUUCAUUGUAUUACAUAUCUUAUCUUUAUUAUUUAUCGAAAUACUAUGAAUUACUCGAUACAGUAUUUGUUUCGUUAAAAGGUAAACUACAAGGUUAUGGUGGAUUUGCUGUUUAUCAUCAUACAACCGUCUUAAUUAUGUCCUAUUUAUGGUUAUCACAAACACAAUCAUUACAAUUUACCGGUGUAUUAGCUAACACAUGUGUUCAUAUUGUUAUGUAUUAUUAUUAUUAUUUAACAGCACUAGGAAAAACGGUUUGGUGGAAGCGAUACAUUACACUUUUUCAAGUUGUCGAAUUUAUUUAUAGUUUCUUUGCACUAAUACCUUAUCUUUAUUAUAUGUUCAAUGGUUAUCAUUGUGCUGGAUUCUUAGCUCUUCUGUUCAAUAGCGUAUUUAAUAUAACAUUAUUAAUCUAUUUUGUAAGAUUAUAUAGACGUGGUAAUAAGAAACAUUCUCAAUGA